AUUUGCUUUGAGGGUGAGUUAGGGAUGCUGGCAGUGUAAUGAAUGCCUCUCAUUCAGACAGACUUUGAUCAAUCCUCCAAUCCGCUGCCUCUCACAGAUAUCUCUCACUUUUCUCUUGAGGUGCCUGAUAGCCACUCUUCCCAUUCCUCUCUGUCACUGCACGCUUACCCCGCGGCCAAUCACAGCCCGGCUCAUCCUAAUUUCCUCUAAAUACCUCCCCGCCAUUCAGAUUUAAAUGCAAGGAUAUGCAUUGUUCUUGCAGCCUCCAUCCCUGCCUCAGACAAGAAACCAGCUGGGGAGGAAAGGAAACAAUUACACUCAUUUGCUUUUCCUAGUCUUUGCCUGUUUUUUAAGGUGGUGCAGUGAUCUGACUUGUGCUGAUCACUAACCCAUGACCACAUUUUUCAGGGAUACCUUAAGAGGUAUCUUUCCGCACAGCCUGGCUCAGCUGCAUUGCAAGGUCUGAAGUAGGGGAUGCUGUGGCCAGUGACUUGGGAAGAAUCCUGUAUGCCAGAGCCGGCUUUCUGCUUGUGGAAGGGGCCACUUGAGGACUGAUCGGUCUGCACCGCUGUCAGUAGGAGGGAAAUCUUCACACGAUAUCGCCUGUGUCUCACACUGAAGAAGACAAGAUGGACCAGCCUCCUUCAUCCAGGUAAAGAAAUGAACUGGCAUGGACCAUCGCAACAGCAUGCCGAGGAGACGGAACCUUCUCACAACGCUGCUCAUUGUCCUUCCUUGGGCACUUCUCCUAACACUGUGGCACCAGCACCCAACCAGCCGCUACCUCAUCCUUUUGAGAAAGGACACAGGUGACAACACCACAGUCAAACCUCUUCUCAGCAACGUGACACAGAGUAAAGAGGAUUCCCUGCAGUGUGUCCCCCACCAUGCUACCCGUCAAACCCCAGUUGUUGUCAGGACGUAUGUUUACUCGCGGCCACCACCUUGGAAUGAGGACAUUCCCGUUAUCUAUGUGAUAACACCCACCUACACCCGGCCGGUACAGAAGGCAGAGCUCGUCCGGUUGGCCAACACUUUCCUCCAUGUGGUAAAUUUGCACUGGAUCGUGGUGGAAGACUGUCCGCGGAAAACCAAACUGGUGGCCAAUCUACUGGAGACAGCAGGACUCAAUUUCACUCACCUGAAUGUAGAGAGCCCCCACAACCUAAAAGGGGGAACAUCGAGGGUUCCCACUAACAAUCCACGUGGAACCAUGCAGAGAAAUCUUGGCCUUCGGUGGCUACGGGACAACAUUAACGCUUCCAGCCCUCCAGAAGGAGUGGUGUACUUUGCGGAUGAUGAUAACACAUACAGCCUGGAGCUCUUUGAAGAGAUGAGAUACACAAGAACGGUAUCAGUGUGGCCGGUGGCUUUUGUUGGUGGUUUGAGGUAUGAAUCUCCUAAAGUCAGCCCAAUGGGCAAAGUGGUUGGCUGGAAGACUGUGUUUGAUCCCAACAGGCCUUUUGCCAUCGAUAUGGCGGGUUUCGCCAUCAGCCUUCGGUUAAUACUCGAAAGACCACAUGCCAACUUCAAGCUGGAAGGUGUGAAGGGGGGAUAUCAAGAGACAAGCCUGCUUAAAGAUCUCGCCACUAUGGAUGGGCUGGAAGCCAAAGCCGCCAACUGCACUAAGGUUUUGGUCUGGCACACAAGGACUGAGAGACCUACACUAGUGAAUGAGGGUAAACGAGGAUUCACAGACAUGAACACGGAAGUGUAGGAGUGGAGCCAUUUGCCGUACCGGACACAACGUGACUUGUACAGGAAAAAGGACACACUGUGAAGACGCCACUUAGAGUGAACAUUGUGGAAUUACUGCACAGCUGCCCACCUUUCUAUACAGAAACAAGCCCCUCCACCAGAGAACGUCCUGCUGCUGCUGAUCAGAAUAAGACGCAUAAAGCAUUGUGAGCCGGGGACAGGAGAGGAAUACCAGAUAGAGCCUCUAUUCCUGGUUCUGCGCUGACAAAACAUAUGUUGAUUUAUCUUCAGACAUAUGGGUCUGUGUACCAAAGCUAAUUAAAAUGUUCUCGCCAUUUGACGUGCCAUCAAAUCUAAGACAGUCGCGACUCAAGCUUCCGUAUGACUGACAAGAUCAUCAUUUUUUUUUCCUUUCGUUUAAAUAAGGGCUUAUGCCACAUCUGACAUAACAGAUUUUGCUGACUAUAAUUAAAAACACACAAAGGGCACACAGGUAAUAAAGCUUCCCUUGUGAUUUAUGUGGAGUUUUAACAUCAUUUUCGUUAUGCUUCUCGGUAAUUGCUGAUUGGGAAGAUUUGGAUUUUUGGGGCGAUUUUAUUUGAGGCUCGGAAACCAACAGAUUUACUAAAGGCCAAACCGCAGAUAAAAUACAUGUUUUGGGACCACGCCACUUGAUAUGAGUAUAUGAUUUGUUAUUUAACAGAUGCGCAUUAUAUUAUUUAUUGUUAUAAUGGAGGAACUUUAUUGUAUAUUAUAUCUGUACUGACUGGGGGCAAUUUAUUUAUUUAUUUAACUAGAGGGCGCCAACACUUGUAGAGUAGUGGUUAGUCUUGUGGCCCUACAAGUGCAGGAAUACACUGCUGCUCUAUUGCAUGCUGGCAUUUUUAGUUCAGCAAGGACACCACUAGAUUUCAGUACCAUGACCAUGGGGCCAGAGGUACUUAGAGCAGUGAGAGACUGCACAGGGUAUAAAGGGCAUUAACAGACCCAGGGACUGAGGGGGUUGUCUGUGCCCUGUGGUGAAUAUAUAGCACGAGUGUGGUUUGAGGGGGUGGGGUGGCUGUGCCUUUCUGGCAGGCCAGGGUACUUUGCCCCCCUUCUGUGUCCCUGCUUGUGCAUUGAUAGGUCAAACUUUGUUUCAGCCAACAGAUUGGCUGCCUGCACUUUGUUGGUUCACUUUUGAAGUUUCAACAUUAAAAUGGAUUUGAACCAAAAUAUGAAAA